UAAUUGAUUCGGAUGCAGUAUUACCAUCGCUCCAACCUAUAUUAUUCUAAAUUUUUUUUAAACAUGUAUCUACACACGCACACUGUUGGCCGUGUCCAGUCGGUAACAAUUGGUGUGGGUGAAGCUAAAUGCAUGUGUACGCAUUAAUGAUUAGACCUUGCAAGUAUGCGAGGCGAAAGAUAGCGUACGAAGGAAGAAAGAAAAGAGUGUUGUAAGUCCAGUGAAAAAGUGCAAAAGAGAAACGUAAAGGCGAAGAGGAAGGGGGAGUGAACGGUGUUUCAGUGGAAGCACUGUGCAGUGAUAGAGAACUGCGGUGGCGGUUGUGAUUCAGACUCCUUAUCAACCUCGAGAAGUCGUGGAGAAGUACAGGGAGUGAUCCGUCGACAUCGGGCGUCGAUUCUCUAUGCGAAAUGAGGUGCCAUUGAUAAAACUUGGAGCGCCGCGUGGUUCCGCCUCCGCCGUGCCCGAACGCGGCACAUCACGGACGUGUGGAUAAAGCGGCGCCAUAUACAUAUAUAGAUAUACAUAUAUAUAUACGUGUAUAUAUACAUACACAUAUAUAUGUAUAUAUAUACGAUAUAUAAUCGUAUUUUUUCUUUCGAGAGUGCGAGAGGACAGAAAAAGGGAGGAGUGAAACGAGAGCCGCGAGAGAACGAAAGAGAAAUCGCGACACUAAGGGAGGUCGACACGGAAGGUCGGGAGCGAGGAAAAGAGGUAGGGAUCCGUAGAUGCGGCGGGGUGUCUGCACCCGUGCGUGAAUCACGCUUUGGAGGCGUUCGUCUGACCCCCGUUUUCGAGUACACCCUAUACUCACGACAUUGACCCAAUCGAGGACGCUGCGAGUAUUCGCAAUUAUACAAAACCAUAAACGAGCACCGUCGAUUAGCUUUACAAAACUGUCACUCACAGAGGAGGGGCUUUUCCCUUGCUCUCGUUUCAUGUCUUCUACCGGUCGUCCGAAGCUUUUCUAUCCGUGCUCGUGAUACAGAGCCGGUAUCAGAAACGUUGGUCAAGCAGCAUCCACUAAAUUGAGGAAAAAAAGAAAUAAGGUCACCUUACUACUUGGCAGAAGGAGUGAAUGGCUCUUAGAAUCUUGCACCUGCUGCAGACAACUUGGUGGUCUUGUCAACAGAGAAGAUUCUGUACAUACUGUGAUUUGAAACCUUAGUCUUUUUGGAAUUUGUGAAACGUCAAAACAACCAAAACAGCCGUGGCAGGAGACGGUAGAGCAACAAAGAUUCUGAAGUAAAAGGACAGAAACGCAGCAACGUAGGAUAGACUGGCAACAAAGGGAUAGGAGCACAGGCAAAAUGUCAGAUGAAGAGGAUAAACCCCCUGCACCUCCUGUGCGACUUACAUCAAACAGGAGUGAAUCUGCACCUAAUUUACCAGUGGACAUGCGUCCAUUGCCAAAAGAACCUGAUUCUGAUGAACGUAAGAAAAAGACAUUAAAAAGCAAAAUGAAGGUAAAAGAAAACAAGGACAAGCCCAACAUCAGUUAUCCCACCAACUUUGAACAUACAGUACAUGUUGGAUUUGAUGCAGUUACCGGUGAAUUUACGCUGCCAUUGAAAGGAAUGCCAGAAGCAUGGGCAAGGCUGCUUAUGUCUAGUAACAUCAGUAAACAAGAACAGAAGAAGAAUCCACAAGCUGUAUUAGAUGUUUUGAACUGGUAUGAUAGUAGCAGUAAAGAAACGAAAGGUUCUAAAUACAUGACAACAACAAAAAUGGUUGGAGUAGUUGCUCCUAUUGAAAGAGCAAGUAGUCCCAGAAGCAUGGGUAUAGGGGUUGGAACUGGAGUAGGGAGUAUUCGUGGUCAAGCGAUGUCACAGGCUUCUGGAAGUUCUCAUUCUCAACAUUCACUCAGCAGAGUAAGUAGCAGUAGUCCUAGUAGUACACCAACAGAUGCUUGUGCAACCAGUUCUGAGCAAGAAGAUGAGCCUCCACCACCCCCAAUUUCUGCUAGACCGGAACGUACAAAAUCAAUUUAUACAAAGCCAAUAGAAGAAGAACCGCCACCGCCAAUAAAUACAACGCUAGGUUCACCUCAACGAAAUGGUACACCACAACAACCGCAUCAAUCGCAAUUGGACAGAAACAAGAAUCAAGCAACUCCUACAUCGACAACGACUGAUCAAACGAGACCGACUCAAAGCGAUAAAGCUAGAAAGAAAAAAAUGUCGGAUGACGAAAUAUUAGAGAAACUGAGAACAAUUGUAAGCGUAGGUGAUCCUAAUAGAAAGUAUACAAAAAUGGAAAAAAUAGGUCAAGGUGCUUCGGGAACAGUGUAUACGGCAAUUGAAACAUCGACUGGGAUGGAAGUUGCAAUAAAACAAAUGAAUCUUUCACAGCAACCAAAGAAAGAGCUGAUCAUAAACGAAAUAUUAGUUAUGCGGGAGAACAAACAUCCGAAUGUUGUAAAUUACUUGGAUAGUUACCUUGUAGGAGAAGAAUUGUGGGUAGUUAUGGAAUAUUUACCUGGUGGUAGUUUGACUGAUGUUGUGACUGAAACUUGUAUGGAUGAGGGUCAAAUAGCAGCUGUAUGUAGAGAAGUCCUACAGGCUUUGGAGUUCCUGCAUUGUAAUCAAGUUAUACACAGAGAUAUUAAAUCUGAUAAUAUCCUGCUUGGGUUAGAUGGUGGAGUGAAACUAACAGAUUUUGGGUUUUGUGCACAAAUUUCACCGGAACAAAGUAAACGAACUACUAUGGUUGGUACACCAUAUUGGAUGGCACCAGAAGUAGUUACAAGAAAACAGUAUGGUCCAAAGGUGGAUAUUUGGUCGUUGGGUAUUAUGGCUAUUGAAAUGAUAGAAGGAGAACCACCAUAUUUAAAUGAGAAUCCUUUGAGAGCACUGUAUUUAAUUGCAACCAAUGGUAAACCCGAAAUUAAGGAGAAGGAUAAAUUAUCGGCAAUUUUUCAAGAUUUCUUAGAUCAAUGUUUAGAGGUUGAAGUGGAAAAACGAUCGGCAGCUUCAGAAUUACUCAAGCAUCCUUUUCUGAAACUAGCAAGGCCGCUUGCUUCCUUAACACCCUUAAUAAUGGCAGCAAAGGAAGCUGCGAAAGGCCAUUAGCGGCAAAAUUCUUGUUGGCAUUUCUGGCUAUGCAGUGUGAUCAGAAAGAUUAAGUUUGCGAGUAAAAAAAGAAUCAUCCUCCCAAAACGGAACGGCACAAUAAUUCAAUAAUAUAUUAUAAAUAUUGAAUAAACAUAUAUAAAUAUAUAAACAUAUAUAUAAAUAUAUAAAUAUGUAUAUAUAUAGAUAUACAUGCAUAUAAGAUAUAUACAUAUUUAUAUAUAUAGGUCAUAGAUAGAUAGAACUUAUCCGAUACCUUGAGAAGUAUCGAGAAAUGGUUUCAAAGUUUUUAAAUUGCUCGAUUCUCGCAUGUUGCGAGGAAACAAAGUUAAAUCAGAACUGUAAACGAUCUGACGGCAGAAAUCUUGCACUCCUCGACGAGUUUUUAUUGGUCACAAAGAGCUCGCCAUGUCUUAUUUAAAUAUUCUUCAAAGGGAAAAGUAAGAAUAGUAUGAAUGGGUUGUUGCCUGAGGAGCUCUUGUACCAAUAUCGAACUGCGGUCGAGGACUUCCAAGCGACUGUCAGUUAUUUUCUAAAGAUAUAAAAAAACUAGUAUUACUGACUCUAAAAAAUUGAAGAUCAGAGUUAGCUACAAACAUACAUACAUUAUUUAUAGCGAAAACCUUAUUAGAUAAUACCAUAAACAAAUGUGAACAAGUACAUAGGACCUAUUCUAAUACAUUAUUAUGGUUUAACAAGAAAUCGUAGGAAGAAAGAAAAAAAGAAAAAAUUGGUCUUCGUGUCAGACUUAUAUUUUUUGAACGAAGUUACGGAGAACAGAGCAAUAUGUUUUCAGUCUUUGGUCUGUCAGUAUGACGUAGGUAUAAUAAGCGAUAGCCUAACUUGUUUUAAACGUUCUCGAGAGAUCACGUUCUUGUCGGAUGAAUGUUAGCAAACUUGAUUAUGUUACAUUAAGUUAAAAGUCUUAAUAGAUGUUCUUACAAUUUGGACAUUGCAAUCCAUGCAUUACAUUACAUGUAUAUAAUUUCAAGAAUAUUGAUUUUACCGCGUGGGGGAAGUUCAUAACGAAUUCAGCAUACACGAGUCUUAUUUAAUGUUACUUCAUUUUGUGUAAUUGUAAGAUAAAACAUAAGUACUUUUUCUCAUUUGCAUCGCUCAUGAGACAUGUUGAGACAUUGACCUUGUUACUAAAAUAUAUUAGUUAUUAAAACAUCUUUCUAUCCGUGGACAAGUGUCCUGUUAACGUGUGUUCUACAAUACAGGUCGUAAGAAGCAAAACGUAAAAAUGUCUUCAACGUGUCUUGUAAGAAACGAACGGAUAAGUGACGAAAUUUUAAAACAAGAUUCAGAUAUAGGAGCAUUUUGUGACAUUAUAAAGUGCCUGUCUUGUCAUGUUUAGAGACGUGAAAAACUUGCGCUAGAUUCCUUGUAAUCUUGAAUCAUCAACAGGAUAAUUUAAUAUUUUGUUUAAAAAAUACCAACAGACACAGACGUACACACAAGUCAACUGAGAAGGAAAAAAGAUAUACAAAACUUUACGUUAACAAUUGUACGAGACGAGAUUUCUAUAUGGUUGUACUACACUAAACCUAAUAAUUAAUGUCUUUCCUAAUUGUAUUAUACCAUAAACAUAUAUUAAUUGCUGAAGCGGAAGCCUUGGACGUUUUAGUUUAAGGAACACAGACUUUCAGACUUGUCAUUUUUAUUCUUUUCAUCAUCAUUACUUGUAGAACAUUACUGUAAAGUACCGCUAAUGGACGCAAUGUGAGAAUAUAAUAGAUAUCAAGGAAGUUAAUGAUAUAUUGCAUAUGAAACGAUGAAAAAAAGAAACAAGUGCAAGGAAAGCAUACAUUAUUUCGUAAUAAAAAAUCGUAUAUGCAAUAAUGUAUUCAUUAUUUACUGAGUUUAUUGUUUUCGUAAUACUAUUAUUAAAAAGCCUGAUUAGUUUUUUUAUAUUAAUUAAUAAUGUCUAAUUAUACUUGACAGACGAAGAAGCUCAGUUUGCAACGCGCUUACGCCCGAACUUAGAAUAGCAUGCUGAAGGGUAAUUAUAUUUACCUAUAACGAACCAAGGAUUAUAAUCUAUAAUCUUGCCUCGAUGUCGAGGAUGAGCUCCCGCCAUUUCAGCAUGCAUUCUAAACUAUUUGGGAACUGUAAGUAAUGUUAGGCGCGGUAUAGAGAACAAAGUAACUGUGCACGUCUAGUAUUAAAGAAAUGCGUUUUGUGUAAACGAUACAAAAGGAAAAAAAGUGCGUGCGAUCCAGGGUCAAAAUUGACGUUAACUCGAACAGACAUUACUGAACGAGGUCCUGCAUUUUCACAAAUAUCUGUAGAAGGAAAAAAACGUCCAUUUUAUGUAAUUGUAUUACUGCGGCGGUGAUUAAGCAUAUUUCAGCUGAAGCAGCUAUCUAUAUAAGAUUUAUUUUUAUUUGUAAAUCGAGCCGAACCGGGGUGCAAAGUUUACUUGUCCAUAUUUUUAAAUACCACAUAAGAAUAUUAUAACAGGUUUACGAUUAGGCAUGUGAACAUUCUGAGUGAGAUCCGUUGUUUGUUGAAUGAACCCAAGUACAAAAGUUGUAUCAGUAUGCCUUAUCAUAAUAAAACUGAGAGCCAUUCACCUAUUUAGAA